AUGUCGAGACUCACUGCUGGUCCUCACCGGUGCUCUGGGAGAGUGGAGGUGCUUCAUGGACGUUCCUGGUUCACAGUGUGUGAUGCUGACUUUGACCAGCAGGAUGCAGAGGUUGUGUGUCGAGAGCUGAGCUGUGGGAUUCCUGUGAAAGUGCUGGGAUCAGCUGCUUUUGUCCGAGGGGAGGGUCACACACGGGCGCGGCUGGUGAACGGACCGGACUCCUGUUCUGGUCGAGUGGAGCUCCAGUACCUCAGUGAGUGGGGCACAGUUUGUGCUGUAGGCUGGGAUAUGAGAGCUGCAGAUGUUCUCUGUGCACAGCUGGGUUGUGGGAGUGCUGUAGCUGUGGUGGAGGUGGACUGGUUUGGGGAGGGGAGUGGCCACAUCUGGGCUGAUGUGUUUGACUGUCAGGGGAAGGACACACACCUAUCACAAUGUGGCAUCUCAUCAUGGAGUCGAGCUGCAUGCUCUCAUAAACACGAUGCUGGAGUCAUCUGUAAUGGAUCAUCCGUGGCGUUUCAUGAGGGGCGAGUGCGGUUGUCUGGAGGGAGCGAGUGUCAGGGGGAGGUGGAGAUUUAUUUCAGGCAGGACUGGAGGAGAGUUCUCCUGGACUCGUGGAGUCUGUCUGAGGCGUCUGUGCUCUGCAGACAGCUGGGCUGUGGCUCCGUGCUGAACUACCGCUCCUCUCCAUCCACCACUGAACACAAACACAUGUGUGUAACGGGUUUCAGCUGCUCUGGGAGUGAAGCUCAUCUGGGGAACUGCAGCAGUGCACAACCUGUCAACUGCAGCUCCGGGGAACAGCUGUACAUCACCUGCUCAGACCCCAGCUCCAUCAGGCUGGUUGGUUCUGGGGGAGACUGUGCAGGAAGGCUGGAGGUUUUCCACAGCGGCUCGUGGGGGACAGUGUGUGAUGACUCAUGGGAUAUUGAGGAUGCGCAGGUGGUGUGCAGACAGCUGCAGUGUGGAGUGGCCCUCAGUACCCACAUACCAGCCUGGUUUGGUCCUGGAACUGGGUCCAUAUGGCUGAAUGAGGUGGAGUGUGAGGGGAACGAGACGUCCCUGUGGAACUGCAGAUUUCAGCUGUGUGAAGAGGGUGAAUGUGGACACCAGGAGGACGUAGGAGUCGUGUGCUCAGAGUUUAAAGAGAUCCGACUCAUGGAGGGCUGUGAGGGGAAUCUGGAAGUGUUCUACAAUGGAACCUGGGGUAAUGUGUGUUACAACAAGAUGGAGAUGAAGUUAGAAACAGCAGAUAUGGUGUGUCGAGAGCUGAACUGUGGAAGAGGCGAGAGUUUGGACUCGGCCAGAGCGAGAGUCGAAUCUGCUCCUAACUGGAUGGAUCAUGUGAAGUGUAGGAAACACGACUCUAAUCUGUUGAAGUGUCCAUCUUCACCCUGGGGACAAAACAGAUGUGAUAAUGGUGAUGAGGUGGUUCAGAUUACCUGCACAGGUAGGAGGAGUCUCUCUCUCUACUAGUUUUAUACAUUGCUA